AUGUCAUACAUAAGUCCUGAGCCAAGAAUUAUGGGAUCUAAGUUCUCUAAAUUUCAUAUUUCAUUGGAAACACGCGACAUUGACAAUUUCUUUAAAGAUUUACCAGCUUCUAAGUGGUCGCUGGGGACUUAUGUCAAUGGAAUUAUCGAAGGCCCAGACAGUGAUCUUACCUUCGAUCAACUACUUACCAACUUCAUAGAAAGCUUCGAACAUAUAAAAAAGUUACUUUCUAUUCCGUUAUCGAUCUUUCAUUUU